GACACCGGGGGCUGACAGCUGGAAAUGGGAAUAAAGGGAAAAGCAGGCUUGGGUGGAUUCAGCAGAAGGAUGGGAUUUAAACGAUCGUAAAUCUCGCUCUUGAGCAAAACUUGGAAUUACUGGCCUUCUAGUAGUGGUCUUCAAAAAAUCAUGCUGGUCUGCCCUCAAGCAUUCUGAUGCUCUGAUGACGUUAAAUGAAGAAGGUGAUUUCAAAUUAAAAAUUAGGACAAUCAACCGUGUAGCUUCUCGGGACACCCAGAUUUAGUCUUUGAUAAUUAUUAUUGCGUGCUUGAAACUGUAAGUGUUGAACGGGCAGCAUUAUGCGUUGCAGAAGCCCGGAGUGUUCCUUAUGAACAUUUUCCGGCACUGCUGUUGCAGAUAGAGAUGACUCACGCUCCGGGGUACUUUGGUAAGAGUUACAUUAAAUUAGGUUUCGGUCAAGUUACUGUUAUUCUGAAUUCUGUUUGUAUAGCAUGAAUAUAACUAUGUAUACAUUCGUCGCCCGAGAUGAAAAUAGUAGUGUUUAUGCUGAAGUUUCCAAAAUCCUUCUUUCUACUGGACAAUGGAAGAGACUAAAAAAAGACAAUCCCAGAUUCAAUUUAAUGCUGGGGGAGAGGAACAGACUGCCAUUUGGUAGACUAGGUCAUGAACCCGGAUUAAUGCAGCUGGUGAAUUAUUAUAGAGGAGCUGACAAACUGUGCCGCAAAGCAUCUCUGGUCAAGUUAAUCAAGACGAGUCCAGAGCUGUCAGAUUCAUGCAACUGGUUCCCCGAGUCGUAUGUGAUCUAUCCCACCAACCUCAACACCCCUGUGGCUCCCGCCAAGAACGGCAUCAACCACAUGAAGCACCACCCAAAGACUGAUGAGAGGGAGGUGUUCCUGGCCUCCUAUAGUCAGAAGAAAGAGAACGGCGAGGGGACAGUGUGGAUAGCAAAAUCCUCCGCUGGCGCUAAAGGUGCUGGAAUGAGCUGGGUGUUGGUAGAUCACCAAUACAACAUCUACCUCUACAGAGAGGGCGUGCUGCGCACCUCAUCCGAGCCAUACAACAGCUCUGAUUUUCAGGAUAAAACCAGCCACCUGACCAACCACUGCAUCCAGAAGGAGCACUCCAAAAACUAUGGCAAAUAUGAGGAGGGAAAUGAGAUGUUCUUUGAGGAGUUCCGUCAGUAUUUAUCAAACGCUCACAAAGUAGCUCUGGAGACUUCAAUUUUACCUCAAAUCAAGCAGAUAAUAAGGUGCUGUCUGACAUGCAUUGAGCCGGCGAUUAGCACGAAGCACCUCUCCUACCAGAGCUUCCAGCUGUUUGGGUUUGACUUCAUGGUGGACAGCGAUUUGAAAGUCUGGCUGAUAGAGAUCAAUGGAGCACCGGCUUGUGCCCAGAAACUUUAUCCAGAGCUCUGUCAGGGGAUAGUGGAUGUAGCAAUCUCCAGUGUCUUCACCUUGAGUGAUUCCUCUUCAAAGCAGCCAAGCCAGCAGACCACAUUUAUCAAGCUGUAAACAGAAGAUAUUGAAUAUUUAGUGAUCAGGCAUCUUUUCUUUACCCACAUCAUGCUCUCCUGAUAACUUCAGGUUUUGCUGGUUUUAAUCUGAUUGGAUUUUAGGGGUCCAAAUUGCAUAGAGAAAAUCAUGGAGAGGGAUUUGGACUGUUCUUCAAAAUGAUCCUUAAGUUGUGUUGCUGCUAGUGAAGUAACGAGUAUUCACAAGAACAUCCCAUGGAGGAAAGAGGACCUCAAGAUUUUCUGUAGUCGAUUGAACUAAAUGAAUUAUCAAACUGUUGUCUGUGCUAUAUAAGAGUAUUAACAGUCUCAAAAAUAAAUGUAGGAGGCCUGCAUUGGAGGUGGUGAAUGUCUAAAGACAGAAGUAGAACAAGAUAUGACAGAAAUGAGCUCUUCCAAAAAAUGAAUGUCAGAAAAGCACUUGAAAAUUGUUGGGGAUUUGUGUUGAUGGAAUAAAAGGUAUACAGUACUGCCAUCAAGAUUUUGAAAGACUGGUUAUAAGACCGGCUUAUUUUAAUUUAUCAUUCAGCACCUGCGAUUCUAGUGCCUUACAUCCCUGUCCCCAUAUCCUAAUCAAAACAGAGCUACUGUAGCCUAAUGUUAUUUGAUGUGUAAUGCAAACUAGUGUUUUGCAGGUAUGGGUCAUACUUUUGUUUCAGUACCACUGUGUGACAUUCGGUUAACCUUCACUUGCCCUAGAAUUCUAAGAAAUUUUUUAAAUUCCACUGAUCCCAAAAUUAUUUUGAUUGCUCUGAAGUUAAACUCCUGUUUUGAUAGCCAUCUUUUUAAGAUCACUUUUUCCUGCAUGCUUACUGUGACGCAGGUUGGAGAGGAAAACAAUCAUCAGCUUAUAAUAAUGUUGAAUUAUCAGCUUUGUGUCCUCCCUUUACUAGAUUCUGGAUUUUCAGAACAAGAUUUGAACAGAAUCUAGCAGAACGUGCCUGGAAGAAAACCUCACCAGUGCAAACGACCCUGAAGAGACUGCGGAAGCAGUCAGUGAAGUCAUUAAUACAUGAUCAAUGAAGCCUCUUAAUUUCACGGACAAAGAAAAAUUCCAUCAAUAUUAUGACAUCCUUUAAAUAUAUUCAUCAGUAGGAAGUACUGAAGGACUUAAAAACGUGUUCCAUGUCUAACUAAUCUUAAGGAUCAAAAUUAUUCAGUGGGGAAGAAGAAGAAUUAAUAGUAGUGUUAAUAAAUGAAAGAUGGAAGCUUUGAGGAGGUUCUAGAGAAAAUGUAACCUAGUUACUGUGCUAAGAGUCAUUUAUGUUGGCUUUAUAGGUAUUAUAGGUUGAUACUAUUGUAGCCUCAUUUUCUUUUUUUGAAUAAAUGCAGGAGGUACUUUUCUACCGCCUCAAGAAACAGUGUUAAGACUAGGCUAUUUAGAUUAGAUACAAGAAGUUAUGACUGCAGGCCAUCAUCGAACACAAAAAUGUUAACCUCAAAUGCUAUUGCCUUUGUGUUAUGACAGCUGUGGAGCAGUCAGUGCGUGAGCAGUAACACUAUUUAGAAUCUCAUAGUCAAUGAACUGGACAAUGAAGGCCUUUGUUUUCCACUCCUGCUGUACAUGCUGUCAUGGUUACAUUGAGCUCAGGUGCUUAUUGCCAUUCCUCAUGGAAAUGUUUCUUCAGGUCCCAGUUUCACGGCAUUCCCUUGUACCCUGAAUAUCUCCCACUGGCCACAGUAACACCCAUCAAACAAUGUUUGGAGCCCCUGUAAGCAGCAGGAACAGGGAAUGGCUACUAAAAGGAGCCACAAGGGACCCUGUCUUGGACCCAUCUGCCGUUUGUGGGAGAAUAUCCAGUAGUUUGGCAGGUUUUCAAGCUACAGAUUGUUUUUUCUUAAGAAUGUGUUCUUUCUAUAGUCAAUUCCCUUAACUUUGUCUGACAACCUAUGGAUUUCAAAACAAAUGAACGAGGUUUAAAAAUCUGAAAUUGGGAAUAAAUGUCAAUUGUUUUAUGUUUUAUUAAGCAAUUCAGUAAGUCUUGAAGCAAUCUUAGGUUCCCGCAUGAACUCUACCAGUAUAAGACCACCACUGAGCAGAAGUAGUUUUGCUUUUUCUAGUAUGAAGGAAUUUUGAUGUGAUUGUUCUUUGUAGAUUGUUGUUAGCACGCAUGUGGGAGUGCAGGCCUAAAAGCAUGUAAUUUCUGUGUGUAUAUUUGCAACUGUUUGUCUGUUUAUGUGAAGUACUCCAGUCUCGUGCUCAGUCUUAAGUAACAAAAAUAUUUAUUUUAAGAUUAGUAAAAAUUCUGUGUUUUUCUAUUUCCCUUUUACAAUUUUAAUUAUGGUAGAUGUUAUCUCGGUCUCAACACAACAUUUCCGUUUGAUGUCCGAACAAAAUCCAUAUAUUAAAGAUCAGUGAAUUAAAAUUUGUUACGAAACUCCCAUGUGCUCCGGUCUACUUCAGGUGUUUUAUCAAAGGUUUCUUUCAACUGUUUGUGCUCAACAGCAAAUAAUUUAACAUGAAUUUUCAGAUGAAUUGCACUAGGUCUUUUCUGUGGUGACUGAUGUUACACUGAAUUUCAAAGUAAUAGUCUCGAGAGGUUUAGAAGGAUAGUGCUUAAUAUUUUAUAGGAAAUACAGUGCUAAAGGUAAUAUUACAUCCUUUUGGGACAUCAUGGCUUUGAAUUGCAUAACAUUAGUCACCAAGGAAUCACCCACAUUUUUAUGUAUUAAUGAGCAAUUGAGGAAAAGUUUUAAAUAUGCUUAUUGCAUAAUCUGUUUUUUACUUUGUUCAUUCAGAAUUAUAAAUUUGUAGCUCUAUGUGCUGUGCAAGAGCAGUUUUCCUAAAUGGAAUGUCCUCUUGUGAUAUGUGGAAUGUAGCCAAUCUGUGUCACAUUGGACCUGGUUGUUCUAAAUUCUGAACUGUAACCAUUUCUACCCAGUGGGCUAAAUUAAAUAAGAGUCUUGUUGGUAGUGAUCCUUCAUUAUCGACUCAGAUUGAUUGUAUUGGAAAAAAUGAUGUCCAAUGAGAUUUCCUGUGUAUCUAAUUUUUACAUUCUGAUUUUGUAAUUCAAAACCAUUUGGACUGUGCAAGGUUGUUCCCUGCUAAGUGGAGUAAGUUGUAUUGUUGGAGGCUUUUUGAGGAAGAUCUACCUCACUUUUGUUUUAAUCAUUUUUAUAUCAUAUUUAUGUGAAUCGUGACAAAAAAGUUAUCCUAUAGAGCUAAUUCUGCACUACAACAACAAUCAAAGAACCAUUUCUUAAAUUAUCACGUGCAGGUGGAGGAGUCAGCCACAUGUAGUCUGUAACUACAUUUGUUGUAGUUCCAGUCCUGUAGGGCUGGUUAGAGGGGUGCUCUUUCAUAUGAAGUGUACAGUGGGACUUUAUUGAGCAGUACAAGAAAUGAUUGCAGAAGACUGGAGUAAAACACAUUAAAUGCAUGUUUUCUGAUGUUACAUUAUCUUCAACAGAAUUAAUAAUGUCUGAAUGUGUAAUCAGAAUUUAACAUUAAAAAAGCUGAAAGGGUAUUUGUCUGUUAUCUAGAUAUUGUACACCUUAUUGUUUUGGAAUAUUUAAGAGUGACGUAUGGAGGGGACAAUCCCUGAGGAAAUGUCCCUGUCUUAAGUAUUUUAAACCAUAUACAAUUCACAAACAUUUCCUAUUUAUUAACCUUAAAGCAAUGAUUCACUUUUACGCUUUUCAUCUCUCCUUGAUUAAGAAAAAUAUGAAAGUGAAUUCCUGGUGCUCUGGUUAGAGGGUGUGAACCAAAAGACGUCUUAGGUUAUCUCUAUUGAAUUAACCUUAUUUUUAAGGAUAUACAGUACCCAACACAACACUGCCAUUUAUCACCAUUUUAGGAAAAGUUAUGCUUUGAUGUGAUUUGUGCAUACAAUAUGGUAUUUUCUAAACACUUGCCUCUUUGGCAGAAUGAUCUUGUUCACAAAACUCUGUUUUUCACUGCAUAACACCAUUUUUAUUUUCUCAUGGAACACAAAUGACUGGAUUAAAUAAGAACUUCACUCAGUAGCAACUACUUUUCUUUGGCCUCAUACAGUGGAAGGAAAACCACAGUUCUAGUAUCUCUGUAUAAGCCAUCUUGGCCCUACUUGUGACCAAAGAUGAUCUGUUAAUUUUUGAUCGUAGUUCUGAAAUCAGAAAGCACAUGUGAAGAACUGUACUGUAUUCAGCAUCCUGUUUGGGUAAAACACCAGUACACUACUGAGCAGACAAUCAAGGCAUUACACCUAAGUGAUGAUCAGUGUUUUUGAUAUGUAAAAAUGCUGUAUAACAACAUCUGUGCUGUACUGUUUUGACUCUGGAGAUCAACUAUAAGGUUAAGUGGAGGACUACUACAUUAUUCUGCUAUACAUGCUGCCAGGUGUGUGGAUAUGCUGUACAUAUCUGGAUCCCAAAAAUUUUUUUCGUAGCACUUUGCUGAGGAAAACUGCAGUGAUGUAUGUCAGUCACAUGAUAAACCUUUUGAAUCAGGAGUUUAAAUCAUACAACUGUAGUAUGCUAUACUGUAUGUAGUAUGCUGUACAUAAACUGUCAAUCAAAUACUGUGUUAUUCUCUGAAGAGAUUAUUGCAUGGUAUCUUGGCAUCUGUAUUUAAAACACUAUCCAUGAGGAAUAAAAUUGUGUUCUACUGA